AAGAAGCAAAAGUUCAAGUUGGGCUGGUUUGUGAAAGUGAUGGGAAUGGUAGGUUAAAGAGAGUUAAAGGCAGAACAAUUCCUGCUGUUCUAUGUGAUGAACACAAUGAUGCUGAUACUUUACUUCAUAAACCAAUAGAAAAACAUGCAUAUGUAAUCCUGUAUCAAGACAUGACACUAG